GGGGGACAGAAGGAGCUGGACCAGGAACGGUAUAAGCAAUGGUGAAAGAUGACCCUUGGGUUGGGACCUGGAGGCCCCACAGGCCGAGAGGACUCAUAGCUGCACAGUUAGGGACUCCUGGUCCUAAAUAUGUACUACCUGGUCUAACAGGUGCAAAUAACCAUGACGUAACAAAACCUAAAGCACCAGCGUACUCCAUAAGUGCUCGUCCCAAAGUGACAAACACCGACUGUUCCCCUGGACCCAAGUACAUGAUCCCCCCCAAUUUAACCAGAUUUGGCAAAGAUGGGACACCGGCAUAUUCAAUUCAUGGUCGUCCAAAGCCUUUUGCAAUGUUCCGUACUCCUGGACCUGCACAGUACUACCCAGAGAAUGCAAAAAAGAGUUUGUUCAGAUCCGCCCCUUCAUUUACUCUCUCUGCGAGACACAAAGAUAUUGCUAAAACCCAAACUCCAGGUCCAGCUUCCUACAAACUCCCCGGUAUAAUUGGGACAAAAGAAAUAACAAGCCCUUCAUCUCCCUCCUUCACACUCAUGGGCCGUACUCAAAAAGGAUCCUUUUUCGAGGAUCUUAGAAAGACUCCAGGUCCUGCUGCCUACAAUCCUGCAGACCCGUAUUACUCCAGGCUAAAACCGCCACACUGUACAAUGAAAGGUCGCAAUUUCCUUCCUGACAGAAAUGCACAAACACCGGGUCCAGGAGCAUACUAUCCAGAGAAGACAAACUUUAUAAAACCAAAAGCUCCCAGUGUAACCUUUGGAAUUCACCAUUCACCAUACUCAGUCCCCUUUAUCGUGAACAUGGAUGGUUUCUUCUAAAGAGCAGAGUUCAAUAAAACUCAAUAAGCAAAGCACAAGAUAACUGUGAUCAUGUUACUCCUUUAGCUUUAUUUUCACAGCAAAUUGUCUGAGUUAUUAAUAAUGCUGGUAUCUGAAAAGGGCUAAGAAUUUAGCUGAUGAAACACAAUUUCAGUUUAACAGUACUUGAAACUGUUACAGAGUGAUUUUUUUUAUUUUAGUUUAUUAUUUUAAGCACUUCUGAAUUACUAAUUUUCAG